CCAUCACCGCCCUUCCCAUGUCUUCUUCUCAUAACCUGUCAACCAUGAUAUAUUGCAGUCAUAUGAGAGAGAGUAAGUCCAAUAUAGCCCAUGCCCACUCUCUCUCCCCCCUUUACCCUUUAAGAUUCUUCCAAGUGCAUCACUGAUAUAGUUUUCGCCAUUGAAAUGGCCUUCCCUCCCCACGCUUUCAUGUUUCAAACCCUUCUCCAAGAUCAAAACCCCCCUUAUUCCCUCAAUUCCCUCCUUUCUUCCCCUUCUCAAUUCUUCCAUGGUGCUGGAAAGCUCGAGAAAAUGCCGCAUGGCGGCCAUGGAAAUGGAGAUGAUGAAUUGUCCGACGAUGGAUCGCAUCAGGGGGAGAAGAAGAGGAGGCUGAACGCGGAACAAGUGAGUGCUUUGGAGAAGAGUUUUGAGCUGGGAAACAAGCUUUGUCCCAAGAGAAAACUGCAGUUGGCUAAGGAAUUAGGGUUGAAACCAAGGCAGAUAGCGAUCUGGUUUCAAAACAGGAGGGCCAGAUGUAAGAACAAACAACUGGAGAAAGAUUAUGAUGCUUUGAAGAAACUGUUUGAAGCUCUCAAAGCUGACAACCAUACCCUUCAAGCUCAAAACACCAAACUUAAUGCAGAGUUAUUGUCUCUGAAGAAGAAAGAUUCAAAACAAACUAGAAUGAAUAACGAAAACGAUGCUGCAUGCAGCAAUGGAAGCGAAGACAGUCCUGAUUUUAACUUUGAUAUCUUAACAAGAACAGCGUUGAGAGCUUCGUCCAUGAGUCCUGCAACAAACAUGGUUCAACUUCUCGAGUGUUCAUCCAAGCUUGAUCACGGAGUGGUUCAAAAAGAUUCGAGCUUGGACUGCCAUAUGUUCAAUGGAGCAGAUGAACAGCAAGGUUUCUGCCCUUGGGCCGAGCAAUCAAUCAAGUUUCAAUUGAACUAA